GCAGUCGAAUAAACAUACACGCAACACACAUACGCAUUCAGAGUUUUGUUGUGUUCGGUUCGCUGUGUGUGCUAUUUACGUCGUAAUUAAACUAAAUAAAUAUAGUAAAAACGCUAGCGCGUAAUUAAUGAAUCAAAAUUGUACAAAAUUUGCUCCAUUUCGUGUGCAGAUUGUUGUUUGCCUUGUUCGUUUGUUCGUCGUCGUCGUCGUUGCGCUGUGAUGCCAAAGUCGCUGCUGACGUCGCGGCUAAAGUUGAUGACGUCGCAUUCGAGCCUAAAAAGGCGUUGACAAGCAAACAUUGAAAGCAGAUUAAAGCAGACACCACAAAAAGAAAUAGAAAGAAAAUAAAAAUCAAAUUCGAGCUAAUCGCAAGUUGGAAUUGCUUUAAUCUACUGUGCAUAUUUAUCUAUAUAUUUUGAGUGUCUGUGUAUGUGUGCAAAAAAUUAUAAGAAGAGUAAAAGUAAAGUGUGCAAGUGUGCGUAACACAAACAUAUAAUUUACAUAGACGAACGCGACACCCACAAAAGAAAAGCAGAAAAAGAAGAGUAAAAAAACGUACGGUAAAUGCAGCGCCGCAAAAAUGAGCAGCAUAACGCUAAACGAAAUGGUCAAUGUGACACAGCAGGAUUUACACGAUCUAUUAGAAAUUUUCGAAAAAAAAUCAUUCGAGGCGGUGGCCUUUGAGGAAGGCACAACGGAGUAUGGCAUCUCAAAAAAAUGCGAAUUUCUGUUCAAGCUUGACUAUAGCCUCAUCGAGCUGGACAAUACGAACGGGCUACUCAGUCCCCGUUAUCCUGGUCGCAUACUCAUACCGGAAUUCGAGCAUGGCCACAUGGCCAAAACACUAAUACCCAGCAAUGGAGCAGCUGGAACUGGUCUGGGAGUCGGAGUGGGAGCAGAUGGAUUUGGAAAUGGAGGUUGUUCAACGGGUGCGACGACUGCGACAGCGACACCAUUGAACAGCAGUGCAGGGAGCAACUGCAGCAAUGGCGGCGGCACCGGAAUUAUCAACAACAGUUCAGCCAGCGGCGUUGGCAUUCAGGCAUUUGUAACGUUUGCCAAUCCAUUGCAGCAAACGUUGCAGCAGCCAUCGGUGCAACAGCAGCAGCAGCAAGCGGUGCAACAACCUGCCGUGCAGCAACAGAACACCAUCUAUGAAGAUCAGUACGAUAUUCAGCGGAUGCGGGAAUUGGUCACCAUGGCGAAAUAUGCACGCUGCCGGCAGCGUUUCGCCGUUCCUGUCAUUAUGUAUCGUGGCAAAUACAUUUGCCGUUCCGCCACCCUCUCCGUCAUGCCGGAGACAUAUGGACGCAAAGUGGUGGACUAUGCCUACGAUUGCCUCAGCGGCAAUUAUGCGGCACCAAAUGGCGAGGAGAACGAGGCGGAUACGACAGACGAAUCGCUAAUCAAUCACAUCAAUGAUGCGGCCCAGUCUCAGUUCAGCUAUGACGAGGUCAUCAAGAGCGAUAUUCAGCUGCUGCACACGCUCAAUGUGUCCACAAUUGUUGACCUCAUGGUCGAGAAUCGCAAAAUCAAAUACUUUAUGGCCGUCUCCUCAUCGGAGAAGGCCGAUCCGAGCAAGCACUAUAAGAGCUUUAAUCUACUAUCGCUGCCGUAUCCGGGCUGUGAGUUCUUCAAGAAGUUCCGGGACAACAAUUACAUGGCCAAGAAUCUGCACUACAAUUGGAAGCAAUCGUUCAACGAUGCCAACAUCAAUAUACCCAAUUUGGGACCCGCUGCCGACAUCGAUAUCAUUUGGCCCGAAUAUCGUGACUGGGAUUUGGUCACCAUCACACAGAAUUAUCUGCGCGCCACACUCAAAUACAUCCAGGAGGAUAACUCUGGCCUGCUCAUCCACUGCAUCAGCGGCUGGGAUCGGACGCCGCUCUUCGUCUCCCUGGUGCGUCUCUCGCUGUGGGCCGAUGGCCUCAUUCAUCAAUCGCUGAACGCCCUGCAAAUGGCAUAUUUUACACUGGCGUACGACUGGUAUCUGUUUGGCCAUCAACUGCCCGAUCGCCUCAAGCGCGGCGAGGACAUUAUGUUCUUUUGCUUUCACGUGCUCAAGUUCAUCACCGACGAGGAGUUUAGCAUUGUGGAGCAUCGCAAACGCACCAAGACAUCGAGCAGCAGCGGCAGCAGCAUCAUCGUCAUCAAGUCCGACUGUUGCGACGAUGAGCCCCUCAAGGAGGAUUACAUUUUGGCCUUCGAUCAAGAUAGCAACGAUAGCUACUCAAACUGUUCCAACUGUGAUAUGUCGAUAACAGAUAACUUCUAUGCCACAACAGCAACAACAACAACGCCAGCAGCAACUGCAGCAACAACAUCAAUCCUUAAUCAACUCACCAGCCGAUCGCCAAAUCCAAAGCGAUCCCGUACCAGUCCCAUUUCUGUGCCUGGCUCGAAUGCGAGGCAGCGUCAGGAGUCGACAUCGUCGAAUGGGAGCUGGCAGGUUGUCACGGACACUGGCUCCAUUGAUUCCAUGAUUAAUGGCAGUUACAUGAUGCGCUUUGUGGCGCAACAACACAAUCAGCAGCAGCAGCUGACGCCGGCAGACAACAACAUUCCAAUGUGCAACGGAGGCAAUGGUUAUCACUGCAGCAACACCAACAACAGCAGCAGCAGCAACAACAUCAACAUGCCCAGCGGUACCAGCAGCAGCAACAAUAGCAACAACAGCAACAGCAGCAUCACCAACAACACGCACGGUUUCCUCAACGGUUCCUCUUCCGCCAAAGAUGUGGGAAAUGGCAUCGCCGCCGCCGCCGCCAACAACUCCUCCAAGCACAGCAUAAAUUUACGCAAGCAGCGUUUGAAUGCUGUGCGAGCGAUCUUUAUACAGGCGUACGGAAAAACGAUUGGACUGAAAUUCAAGGAGGGUUCCUCAAUGAACCUCACCACGUUUAUUGGCAAUUUGGCGGAUCAGCUCUUUUAAAUGCUUAGACUGGAUAUGUGCCCCCUUCCGCUCCUCCCCCUACCUACCACAUUUGAAAGUAUGCCACAGUGUUGUGGAACCCAGAUCAUCAUCAAACUGACUGACUGACUGACUGCUGGGUUUUGUGUGGCUUUGUUGUUUGUUAGUUAACUUGUUAGAGCUGCGCUGUUUUUUUUUUAUUACCAUGGACUGUAUUUUGUAGACAUGUUGAUUUACUACGUUCUUGUAACUCUUGUUGAUAAUGAUAAUAAUAAUAAUAAAAAAGAAAACAGAAAGAAAACCAAUACAUAUAUACGUAGAAAGGCAAACAAAUGCAUUGUACAAGUAUACAGCCAAGUUCCUUGCUCGCCGCCCGUUUUGAAUGAGAUAAAAAGGAACCACAUCCUACAUAUAUACAUAUAUAUCCUAUAUCUCUCGUAUAUGGGACAACAAAUGUUUACCGACAGCUGCUGCUGCUGGGCAACGAGCAAUGUUUUUGUGUGUGUGUGUGUUUAUUUUGUAUUUAACUAUUUUGUUUUGGAAAUUGUUUUGUUUAGUAAAUAUUGCAAAAUCAAAUUAGAUAAAAAAAACGAAAGAAAAAAACAACAUAGCUUUAAGUUGUAAUUUAUAGUAAUGUAUUUUUUAAAUAAACUUAUUGUGCAUUUGAUAUAAAACUAAAGAAA